AUGUUUUUACCCAAUGGCUCCAGAAAGCAGCCCGGGGCCCCCAGCGGCCCCGGAGAGCAGAUCUGUAUGGUUGAAUGCGGCUGUAAGCCGGUGUGCACCUGCGGCUCCACCUGCGACCCGACCCGGUGUGCGGCAGAACUAAAGAGGAAUGGCCCUGCUGUCGACCAAACAGGCUUUGAUAACCUGGCAUAUGAAUAUGGCAGCCAGAGUGAACUCCUAUCAACCAAACCUAUCUCCAGAGCAAGUUUCAAACUUUUGGGACUCACCUGUGGACCACAAGAUGUGGAAUCCACACUCAGCCACCUUAAGGGAGUCUCUGCCAUCAUCUGGACUGUGGCGGAUAGUUUACUCCAGGUGGAGUACGAUGCCUCAUUUACCACUACCAAAGAGAUUUCUCUACAGCUACAGACUCUGGGAUGUAGAGUUGAAGCAGCUAUACGGAUCAAAGUGGACGGGAUGCGCUGCCAGUCCUGCGUCCAGGCCAUUGAGGGACAAGUUGGAGAGAUGCAAGGGGUCUCCUACAUCCAGGUGUCUCUUCAGGAUGGAGUUGCCCUGAUUGUAUAUCAGCCUCUCCUGGUUACGCAACAUGAUCUAAGAGAUAAGAUCGAAGAUAUGGGGUUUGAUGCUACUCUCUUCCCUGAGGAGUCGUUUGAUGGAGACCUAAGCUGCUGGCAGAGUGACUUGAAUGGACCCAUUCAUAUUGUUAAUGUCUGGAUUGGAGGGAUGACUUGUAGGUCCUGUGUGCAGUCCAUAGAGGGCAGGAUCUGUCAAAUGGUCGGAGUCAAGUCUGUAAUAGUGUCUUUGAAGGAAGAUAAGGGAACAAUAAGCUUUGACCCCAGUCUGACCGAUGCAGAGCAUGUUAGGGCAGCUAUAGAAGAAAUGGGCUUUGACGCAUCACUAAAAGAGCCUCCUCAUAUUCAAGAAAAACAAGACUUUGGAAGCCUAUGCUCAUCCAGCAAGACGGAAACAAGCAAAGGUGCUGAAUCUCAGGUAACCAGUACAAGCUGCUGCCCUUACUCCCCUGAAAUCAAAGCACAGAAAUGCUUCAUCCGUGUGGCGGGAAUGACCUGUGCCUCCUGCGUGGCUAACAUUGAGAAAAACAUGCUCAAACACAAGGGAAUCAUCUCUGUCCUCGUGUCUCUGAUGGCUGGGAAAGCGGAGGUGAAGUACGACCCAAACCUCCUUGAUCCAGCUGGGGUGUCUCAGUUAAUAGAGGAUUUAGGCUUCGGUGCUGAAUUGUUGGAAGACAACGCAGUGACACAAGGGAAACUUGAUCUGCAGAUUACGGGAAUGACUUGUGCGUCAUGCGUGCACAAAAUCGAAUCCAAACUCACCUCGACCAAAGGCAUCCACUCAGCUUCAGUGGCCCUGGCCACCAAAAAAGCUCAAAUACAGUUUGACCCAGAGGUCCUUGGAGCUCGUGAUAUUGUCAGGAUAAUUCAGAGCCUUGGAUUCGAGACAAGUCUGGAGAAAACUGGUUUCAAAAACAACCUGGAUCACUCAGAGGAAAUCCGUCAGUGGAAAAACUCCUUUCUUCUCAGCCUGGUCUUUGGCCUACCUGUCAUGGGCCUUAUGAUCUACAUGAUGAUCAUGGACAUCCAGCACAAAGACCAUGGUGGCGCCAUGCCAGAGGAGCAGAACAUUCUGCCAGGUCUUUCUCUCCUCAAUCUGGCAUUUUUCCUACUAUGUACACCUGUGCAGAUAUUCGGAGGUCGAUACUUCUACAUCCAGGCAUAUCGUUCUUUGAAACACCGCACAGCAAAUAUGGACGUGCUGAUUGUUUUGGCCACCUCCAUCGCCUACAUCUAUUCCUGUGUGGUCCUUGCCGUGGCCAUGGCAGAACGAGCCGCCAAGAGUCCCAUGACUUUCUUUGACACUCCACCUAUGCUCUUUGUGUUCAUCGCUCUUGGACGAUGGCUCGAGCACAUUGCUAAGAGUAAAACCUCCGAAGCUUUGGUCAAAUUAAUGUCACUACAAGCCACUGAUGCCACUGUGGUCACUUUAGGAACCGAUCACUCCAUUGUCAGCGAGGAUCAGAUAGAGGUGGAGUUGGUCCAGCGAGGCGACGUUGUGAAAGUCGUCCCUGGAGGAAAGUUUCCUAUUGACGGAAAAGUGAUUGAGGGGAGCUCUAUGGCGGAUGAGUCCUUAAUUACAGGUGAGCCCAUGCCUGUCACCAAGAGGCCAGGCAGCUUGGUGAUGGCAGGCUCCAUCAAUGGUCAUGGUGCCCUUCUGGUGGAGGCCACUCACGUCGGUGCUGAAACUACACUCUCCCAGAUAGUAAAACUAGUGGAAGAGGCCCAGACAUCGAAGGCACCAAUCCAACAAUUUGCUGACAAAAUGAGCGGCUACUUCGUGCCCUUCAUUAUUAUUGCAUCCCUUAUAACACUGGUGGCCUGGAUGGCCAUAGGGUUUGUCAAUUUUGACAUUGUGAAGGAGCACUUUCCAGGUUACAACCAGAACAUCUCCAAGGCGGAAGUCAUUGUCCGCUUCGCCUUCCAGGCAUCCAUCACCGUUCUAUCCAUUGCUUGUCCCUGCUCCCUGGGGUUGGCCACGCCAACAGCCGUUAUGGUUGGAACAGGAGUUGGGGCGCAGAAUGGGAUCCUCAUCAAAGGAGGGGAGCCACUGGAGAUGGCACACAAGAUCAAUGUAGUGAUGUUUGAUAAGACGGGUACGAUAACAAACGGGAUUCCGAAGGUCACUCGCGUGCUGGUGCUUUGGGAAAUGGCCCGGAUGCCUCUGAGAAAGAUCCUGGCGCUGGUCGGCACAGCAGAAGCAAGCAGUGAGCAUCCACUCGGCAUGGCAGUAGCUAAAUACUGCAAAGAUGAACUGGGCUCGGAUGUUCUGGGAUACUGUCAGGAUUUCCAGGCAGUUCCUGGAUGCGGGAUCAGCUGCCGGGUGUCCAAUGUGGAACAUCUGCUACAGCAGAGCAAUGAACUUUUCCUUCUACCAGGGGUAACGAAAGAGGAGAGCAACCUUUUAUCAAACGAGGAGCCCUCUUGUUUAGCUGAGGAAGCAUCUUACUCCGUCCUGAUUGGAAACAGGGAAUGGAUGAGGAGGAAUGGCCACCACAUCAAAGCAGAUGUUGAUGCCGCCAUGUCGAGCCAUGAAACCAAAGGGCAGUCUGCCAUACUGGUGGCCAUAGAUGGUGUUUUAUGUGCCAUGCUAGCAAUUGCAGACACUGUGAAAGCUGAAUCUGCAUUAGCGGUGCACACCUUGAACAGUAUUGGCAUUGAGGUGGCCAUGAUAACUGGAGAUAAUAGGCGAACAGCCAAAGCCAUAGCAGCACAGGUGGGGAUCAGGAAGGUGUUUGCCGAGGUGUUGCCAUCGCAUAAGGUGGCCAAGGUUCAGGAGCUGCAGGAUCGAGGCCUUCGAGUGGCCAUGGUUGGCGACGGUGUCAAUGACUCGCCUGCCUUGGCCUGCGCUGAUGUCGGCAUUGCCAUUGGUACUGGGACAGACGUGGCCAUCGAAGCGGCAGACAUCGUCCUGAUCCGGAAUGACCUGCUGGACGUGGUGGCCAGCAUCGAGCUCUCCAAGAAGACAGUGCGCAGGAUCAGGAUUAAUUUUGUCUUUGCGCUCAUCUAUAACCUUCUAGGUAUUCCAGUCGCUGCAGGUGUGUUCAUGCCGGCUGGUCUCAUCCUGCAGCCUUGGAUGGGCUCAGCUGCCAUGGCUGCCUCAUCCCUUUCGGUGGUUCUGUCUUCUUUGCUACUAAGGAUGUAUAAAAAGAAAUCUUUUGAGUUCUAUGAAUCUCGCGCAAGAGGCCACAUGAGGAGCCUUCGAUCAUCUCAGAUAAGCACGCAUCUGGGUCUGGUUGGGCAGUGGCGCAGCCCUUCGCUCCCCAACACUCCUCGAGCGCAGAUGGGCCAGAGACUGUCCGGUAAUGUUGCCCAGGAGCAUCGUGGCUACUCGCGACUGGAUCCCCCGACAGCAGAUGUUAUUUAA